GGCCAUCGCCUCCCCUGAGGCUCAGCUGCGGCCCCCCAGGCCUAGGCGCCCAUGACACCUAUGCUGACCGCCGCCCAGACGCCACCGCCGUGCACUAGCACCGCCGCUGGGCCCAAUGCCGGUCAUGCCCAUCCCGCGGCGGGUGCGCUCCUUCCACGGCCCGCACACCACCUGCCUGCACGCAGCCUGCGGGCCCGUGCGCGCCUCGCACCUGGCCCGUACCAAGUACAACAACUUCGACGUGUACAUCAAGACGCGCUGGCUGUACGGCUUCAUCCGCUUCCUGCUCUACUUCAGCUGCAGCCUGUUCACCGCAGCACUCUGGGGUGCACUGGCUGCCCUCUUUUGCCUGCAGUACCUGGGCGUGCGUGUCCUGCUGCGCUUCCAGCUCAAGCUGUCGGUGCUGCUGCUGCUGCUAGGCCGCCGGCGUGUGGACUUCCGCCUCAUGAACGAGCUGCUCAUCUAUGGCAUCCACGUCACCAUGCUACUGGUCGGGGGCCUGGGCUGGUGCUUCAUGGUCUUUGUGGACAUGUGAGCCCAUGGCAGGCGCCCACCGAGCCGUGUGUGUUGCACGGGCCCUCGGCUGUGUCCUUUUGAUGGGGUGGAUUGGUCAGGGCCUCUUCCCACCUCCCAACCCGCGGGUGAGGUCUGCAGCACACGCUGCUGUCCUGCUCCCACGGGAGAGAAGGGCUGAGACUUUCCUGGGAUGGGGACACUAGCGCUGUCCCCAGGCUGGCUUCUGUGCUAAUCCUCCCUGUGUGUGCAUUUAGGUGCCAUCG